AUGGACCCCAAAACUACAGGAACACAAGAGCCGUACGUGGUUGAGACGAAAAGCCACGAUGCCGAGCUCCAGCCUGAGCGGAAGCACUCGAUCACAGGCGAUGUUUUCCUCCACGAUCAUGGCGCAGAGACAGAACUGCGUCGUAUCCUCAGCACCAGACAUUUGACCAUGAUUGCCCUUGGGUCUUCCAUUGGCAUGGGUCUCUGGCUGGGAUCUGGUAGCUCCCUGAUCAAGGGCGGUCCUGCUGGUAUCUUCCUUGGCUACGUGCUCUCUGGUUUUAUGAUUUGGUCCGUGUCGCACUCUAUCGGCGAGAUGGCCGUCAUGUACCCUCUCCCUAGCGCCUUCGUUCAGUGGUCCGGCAAAUUCAUUGACCCGGCAUGGGGCUUUGCUGUUGGCUGGGCAUACUGGUUUAACUUCGUCAUCACUAUUGCCAACGAGCUGCAAGCUGCCAACACUGUGCUGCGCUUCUGGACAACAGACGUGCAUGUCGCGGCCUGGAUGGUGAUCUGGUUUGUGGUCAUCGUUGCUGUCAAUGUCGGUGCCGUUACUGUCUUCGGCGAGAUCGAGGUUAUUGCUUCCACUAUCAAAUUCUCGUGGAUCUUUGUGGUCAUCAUCUCUUGCAUCGUCAUCUCCGCCGGCGGCGGGCCCGUCGAUGAAGGCUACCCAAUCGGCUUCCGCUACUGGAACUCAACCCCCUUCACGCACGGCUUCAAAGGCUUCCUCGCCGUCAUGCCAACCUGCAUCUUCGCCAUGGCCGGCUCCGAGAACGCCGGACUCGUCGCCGCCGAAACCGCCAAUCCCAAAAAAUCCGUCCCUCGCGCCGUCGGCUCAAUCUGGAUCCGCCUCGCCACCUUCUACCUCAUGGGCUCCCUGAUGGUCACCAUCACUGUGUCUCCCUUCGAAGAAGACCUCUUCGGCGGCACCGGCACAAAUGCGUCCCCGUUCGUGAUCGCGUACCGCAAUGCCGGUAUACCUGUGCUAGCACAUUUCAUGAACGCGAUUAUCCUGCUGUCCGUCAUCUCCACCGGCACAAUCAGCGGCUAUGCAGGUGCGAGAACGGCCAUGGGUCUAGCGUACCUCGGCAUGGCGCCCCAGCAGUUCAAGAAGGCGGACAAGUUGGGUCGUCCGUGGUGGGCGCUCGUGCCCACGCUUACCGUUGGGUUCGGAUUGGCUUUCUUGAAUGUUUCUGAGGAUGGGAAGACGAUCUUUGGCUGGUUCUCCAGCUUGACGUCUUGCUUCACCCUCUUCGGAUGGGGCAUGAUCUGCCUCAGCCAUAUCCGCAUGCGCAAGGCGUGGAAGCUGCAGGGUCGCAGGGUCGAAGACCUGCCAUGGAAGACAUGGACAUGGCCUUAUGGUGCUUGGUUUGGGUUCAUCACCUGUGUAAUCCUCCUCGGCGUCCUCUUCUACCUCGCCGUCUGGCCCCUCGGCGUCACGCCCAACGCCGAGGACUUCUGGGCGUCGUACAUUUCGGUUCCACUGAUUCUGGUACUGUACAUCAUUGGCAAGGUCAUUUACAAGACUCCGUUCUUGGUUGAUUUGAAGACGGUGGAUUUGGAUUAUGGACGACGGUUCUAUGCGGAGGAUGUGGAGAAGAGUGGCAAGAAGGGGAAUGUUGCUGUUCGGGGGCUUAAGUCAUUUUUCAAGUGA